ACAACACUCGGCCUGUUUCAUUACAAGAAAAUCUACCAAAAAUAAAAAUGCUGGAAGGAGGAACCUGCCUUUGCUCGACACAGACCUUUUCCCAUUUGUGUGCUUGAAUUAUCUACUGCCAACAGUUGAAGUUAGCUUCUUUGCUUUGUUUUACAAUUGAUGUUUUGGUUUUUGUCAGUUAAGAGGCAAAUGGAAGAAUGAUCCUACUUAGAAUUACUCCUUCAGCUCAGAGUUCCAUUUCAUCUCGACUACUGAGGCUUACCGUCUUUCUACUACUCAGCCUUCCUGACUCGAAAGGAAAAGCCAUUUGGACAGCCCACCUGAAUAUAACAUUUCAGGUGGGAAAUCAGAUUAUAUCUGACUUAGGAGAGAGUGGAGUGUUUGGGAACCAUUCUCCUUUGGAAAGGGUGUCUGGCGCGGUGGUACUUCCUGAAGGAUGGAAUCAGAAUGCUUGUAAUCCUCUGACCAACUUCAGCAGGCCUGAACAAGCAGACUCUUGGUUGGCCCUCAUUGAACGGGGAGGCUGUACUUUCACACAUAAAAUCAAUGUAGCUGCAGAGAAGGGAGCAAAUGGGGUGAUCAUCUAUAACUAUCCAGGUACAGGCAACAAAGUAUUUCCCAUGUCUCACCAGGGAACAGAAAAUAUAGUCGCAAUAAUGAUAGGCAACUUGAAAGGCAUGGAACUUUUGCACUUGAUUCAGAGAGGAGUCUACGUUACGAUCAUCAUCGAGGUGGGGAGAAUGCAUGUGCCAUGGCUGAGCCAUUACAUCACGUCUCUUUUUACCUUCCUGGCUGCCACCGUUGCCUACUUUUUCUUGUACUGUGCCUGGAGACCUAGAGCGCCCAAUUCUUCCACCCGGAGGCGAAGACCGAUCAAAGCAGAUGUGAAGAAAGCUAUUGGUCAGCUUCAGCUGCGAGUGCUCAAGGAAGGGGACAAGGAACUAGAUCCAAAUGAAGACAGUUGUGUUGUUUGCUUUGACAUAUACAAAUCCCAGGAUGUAGUACGUAUUUUAACUUGCAAACAUUUUUUCCAUAAGACAUGCAUUGACCCCUGGCUUUUAGCACAUAGGACAUGCCCCAUGUGCAAGUGUGAUAUUCUGAAAACUUAAACCCAGACAAUCUUCUGAAGAUGUAACCCAGUCUUUCCAAAGACUAAAAAAAUUAAAUGAAUUUUCAUUUAGCACUUUUUGUAGAGAGAAAACUCCAUCUUCUCUACCUAAGCACUAAAAAGGACGAAAUUUGUGUGUUUAAAAUAAAACUCCAUAUCAUGCCUGGCUA